AUGCAAGCUAGGAGGCUACUUCGUAGGGGGUGCCAAGGAAAUUUGGCAAUUGUGAAAGACACACCAGUGGGAGAACGGGAAUUGGAAACGAUUUCUAUGGUAUGCGAAUUCCCUGAAGUGUUUCCAAAGGACUUACCAAGAUUACCUCCAAACCGUGAGUUGGAAUUUGCCAUAGAAUUAGCUCCAGAUACAGCGUUGAUAUCGAAAGCUCUGUAUCGUAUGGCUCUAGUUGAGCUAAGAGAGUUAAAGGAACAGUUUCAAGGCUUGCUUAACAAGGGGAACAUUCUACCUAGUAAGAUGAUCCGUAUAGCGCAGAAGGAGGAUCCCGAGUUGGUUGAUAUUAUGGAAGGAAUCCAGAAGGGGCUAAAGCUGGAUUUUAGUAUCUUUGGCGAUGGGAUAUUGAGAUUUCGUGGCAGGGUUUGUGUAUCGAAUGAUGCCAGGAUUAGACGGGUCAUUCUAGAGAAGGCACAUCGUUCACUUUAUACUAUUAAAGUAGAACAUCAGAAGCCGGCAGGACCACUUCAACCACUCGAUGUCCCUGAGUGGAAGCGGGAACAUGUCUCGAUGGAUUUUGUUACGGGUUUACCUACGGCGGUGCAUGGGUAG